AUGGCGCCAACUGCAUGUUUCAACUGCCAGCAGGCACGGGCUGUGAUCAUUCGACCCAAGAAUCGACACAAGCUCUGCCGUGCCUGUUUCCUAGCGAUCUUCGAGACCGAAGUACACGAGACGAUCACCGGGACCAAUCUCUUCUACCCGGGUGAACGAGUGGCGAUUGGCGCCAGCGGCGGGAAGGACAGUACGGUGCUGGCUGCAGUGCUGAAGACGCUCAAUGAACGCUAUAACUAUGGACUCGACCUAUGUCUGCUCUCCAUCGACGAGGGCAUCCGGGGAUACCGCGACGACAGUCUGGAAACGGUGAAGCGCAACGCGGUGCAGUACGAGAUGCCACUGGAGAUCGUGGGAUACGGCGAGUUAUACGGGUGGACGAUGGACCAGGUGGUGGAGCAGGUUGGCAAGAAAGGGAAUUGCACCUACUGCGGUGUGUUUCGGCGGCAGGCGCUCGACCGCGGCGCUGCGCGUCUGGGAAUUAAGCAUGUCGUCACGGGCCACAAUGCCGACGACGUCGCCGAGACGGUGAUGAUGAAUCUGCUGCGCGGAGAUCUGCCACGGCUGUCUCGUGGCACGAAAAUCGUCACUGACUCCGACGCCUCGGACAUUAAGCGCAGCAAGCCGCUCAAGUACGCCUACGAGAAGGAGAUCGUGCUCUACGCGCACCACCGCCAGCUCGAUUAUUUCAGCACCGAGUGUAUCUACUCCCCCGAAGCCUUCCGUGGUAGUGCCCGCACUCUGAUCAAGGACCUGGAGAAGAUUCGUCCCAGCUCGAUUCUGGAUAUCGUCAAGAGCGGCGAGGAUAUGGCUGCUCUUGUACCGCGCAAUGUGAGUCAGAACGGGAAGGGGUCUCAGCGAGUUGCUGCCGGUGAAGACGAGGCGACGGGCGGCUGUGGCAGUCAGAAUGGUCGGUCUAGCGGCGGUGAAAUGGCCGCCAUGGAACAGCAGCUGAAUGAAAAUGAGACGGCCGAGUCGCACGAGACGGAGAUUCGCCUCCCGGCGGGGCCUACCUCCCAGAAGCUUCCGAAGGGGGGUAAGGUGAUCAAGAAGCAGACUAUGGGGCACUGUGAGCGUUGUGGCUAUAUCUCCAGCCAGCGAAUCUGCAAGGCGUGCACGCUUCUGGAUGGUCUCAAUCGCAAUCGUCCCAAGACGGCAAUUGAAGUCAGUGUCGGCAUGGAAGAUGAGGAGAGCAGCACGACGUUGAUGCGACAGAUGGAGCGCACGCAGCUGACCUCGGCUGAGAUGUUAAAAAAAAAUGAGGAUGAACACGUCUGA